UCCUGACUGAAGGUCGGGACCAAAAAGAUACCCCAAAGAUCUCGGUCAUUGUUCACAAGAAUUGCACAAAGCCAAACUUUGCCAGAUGCUACCUGCAGCUAUCGCACUCGCCACAAUCUCCCUACCAGAUUUCCUUGCAUCAUCAUCAUCACCAUCAUCACCUGGCUAAAUUCGCAAAUCAGAGACACUCUGCGCUUGUGUGUGAGAGAGAAAGAGAGUGACCAUGAUGCCCAAGGCUCCCAGUACGCCGCAAGGAGUGCGAAAAACGAGAUCUGCCAAGCCGUCCAAAAAGGCGGGAUUAAAACCGGGAGGUCGUUUGAACACGGGCAGUACGAAUCGCGAAGUAUACUUUCAAGUCAAUCUACAUGACCUGGAUGCCUACACGCAGCAAGUUCUAGAAGCGGAACGUGCUCGUAGACGACUUUGCUUUUGCCGUUUUCUAUUCCUGUCCCUCGUGGUCGGGCUCGUAUCGUCCGGGUUUUGGACGUUCGGCGACGCCAAAGCUCAUGCGGGAUUGCUUGGAGCAUUUGGACACAACAGCAGCUCUCUACAAGGCGCCGACAAUGAUGACAAAGACAAUGACAACGACAAUGACAAUGACAACGACUACCAAAUGACCACCUGCGAGCGGCAUCUCAAUGGCAACAUGUCGUUUCACCAAUUGUUCCAGCAAGUCAAGAAUGAUCCUUUGGAUUCCAAACGUUGUCGCCCCGAGACCGACGCAUGUGUCUGGCAAAACCCCACCGUUGGAAAAACACGUGGUAUCAGUGACGGAUGGAACAGAGAAUUCCUUUACAACAAAGAACAGAUUGAUGACUGGGUACACAACAAAAACUAUUCUCUCGAUGUCGUCCUCGUUGGUGACUCCCUCGUUGAACACAUGGAAGGAAAGGAACUAGGAAAGGAACAAACGAGCCUACGAAGGGAUCAUGACGUUUUUGAUCAACUAUUCAACAAGAGCGAUGGAGGUGCACUCGAUGGACUUGCCCUGGGAAUUGGAGGAGAUCGUUGUGCCAACCUACUCUAUCGUCUCACCAACGGAGAAUUGACCAAGGCGUUUAAUCCCAAAGUAUGGUGGAUCGUCGUGGGAACAGAAGACUGGGAGUUUGGAUCCACUCCAGCGGCCAUUCUUGCCGGAGUCAUUGCCAUUGUCAAUGCAAUUCGUAGUGUGCACCCUGACACCCAAAUCGUCAUCAACAGCUUGCUCCCGCAUCAAGUGGACGACGAGUCCAUUCGGCAAGUCAAUCUAAUGUUGGGCUGCUACGUGUACUCGGAAUCGCUACGAGAAGAACCAAAUCAUGAUCAGGAUCGAAAGUUGCACUUCUUCAAUGCCACGGAAAUCUUUCUCAAGGAGAACAAACAUGGAGAGCUUGUGGUCAACUCGGGAUUCAUGAUGCGUAUGCCCAACGGCGAGGAGAGUAAUCCUGAUGCUCAUGGCGAGUUCCUGUGGGGCAAAAGGAUUGUCGAAUCAGUCCAGAAGAUAACCGACAACAACAACAGUGGCUCUCGUGGAAGCAAUCAUGAAAACCGAAGAUCAAGGAGAAAACUGGGAGGAAUAGGCUUCCUCUCGUAGCAGCAGCAACAACAACAACAACAACAACUACUACUACUACUACUACUACUACUACUA